AUGGGUGCUUCAAAUCCUUUACUCCCAGUGUUUCUUGUAGCCCUGCUGUUUGCUUUCUGCUGCUUCUUUGGCCUUCCCCAGGUUGCCGAUGCUUGCAUUACCAGGCACUACAAAUUUAACAUAGUAUCCACCAACGUCACCAGAUUGUGUCGCACCAAGAGCAUGGUGACGGUGAACGGCCAGUUCCCAGGGCCUCCCGUGGUCGUCAGAGAAGGUGAUCAUCUUCUAGUCAAGGUGGUCAAUCACGUUUCUAGCAAUAUCACUAUCCAUUGGCAUGGAGUUCGACAGCUUGGAAAUGGAUGGGCAGAUGGGCCAUCAUACAUCACUCAAUGCCCUAUUCAAACAAACAAUACUUACGUGUACAACUUCACUAUUACAGGACAAAGAGGAACUCUCUUUUGGCAUGCUCACUUCCAAUGGCUUAGAGCUACUGUCUAUGGGCCUCUUAUAAUCCUCCCUCAGCUCAAUGCUUCUUACCCAUUUCCCAAACCCUAUAAAGAAGUCACCAUCUUGCUUGGAGAGUGGUAUAAUACAGAUCCUGAAGCAAUCAUUAGUCAGGCUUUACAGACAGGAGCUGCCCCUAAUGUCUCUGAUGCCUACACCAUUAAUGGACUUCCAGGCCCCUUGUAUAAUUGCUCAUCAAAAGAUACGUACAGGUUAAAGGUGAAACCAGGAAAGACAUAUCUUCUGAGAGUGAUCAAUGCUGCAGUUGAUGCGGACCUCUUCUUCACCAUUGCAAAUCACAGUCUCACUGUGGUUGAAGCUGAUGCAAAUUAUGUUAAGCCUUUUGAAACAGAGCUUUUGCUGAUUUCAGCAGGGCAGACCGUAAAUGUUCUCCUCAAAACAAAACCCAUUGCCCCUAGUGCAAAAUUCUUUAUUUUAGCCAGACCAUAUUCCACCUCUCUAGGUCAAAUUGAUAACACAACUGUUGUUGGGAUUCUUGAGUAUCAAACUUGCUCAAAUUUCUUCAAAUCCAACAGACUUCCAGUCAUUAGACCAUCUCUGCCUCCUAUUAGUGCUACCAAUGUUGCAGCCAAUUAUUCGAGCAGAUUGCGCAGGCUGGUUAAUGCUCAAUUCCCACUUAAUAUGCCUCAAAAUGUUGACAGGUUCUUUUACUUCACAAUAGGUCUAGGAACCAGCCCCUGCCCAAAAAAUCAAACAUGUCAAGGGCCUAAUGGCACAAAAUUUGCAGCUUCUAUGAACAACAAUUCCUUUUCUUUACCUUCAAAAGCAAUUCUUCAAGCCUAUUAUACUAAACAAUCUAAUGGGGUUUACAGUACAAACUUUCCAAGAUUUCCACCGAACCCAUUCAACUACACUGGAACACCACCAAACAGUACUUUCGUUACCCAAGGAACUAAAGUUGCAGUGCUUCCAUUCAAUGCUGGUGUGGAGGUAGUCUUGCAAGGUACUAGCAUUCAGGGUAAUGAGAGUCACCCUCUACAUUUCCAUGGCUACAAUUUCUAUGUUGUUGGUCAAGGAUUUGGAAAUUUUGAUCCCUAUAAUGAUCCCAAAAAUUAUAACCUUGUUGAUCCUGUUGAACUCAAUACUGCUGCUGUGCCCUCUGGUGGGUGGCUGGCAAUUCGCUUUUUUGCUGAUAAUCCAGGAGUAUGGUUGAUGCACUGCCACUUUGAUGUCCAUCUUAGUUGGGGCAUGACUAUGGCAUGGAUUGUCCUUGAUGGAGAACUUCCCAAUCAAAAGAUGCUUCCUCCACCGUUCGAUCUUCCCAACUGUUGAUCAAAUAAUGAAACCAGGGCCUACUUAAAUUAACUUACGAUGUUGUCAGGAUUUUGUUUGUCCAACCAUUCUGUUGGACCCCAAUUGUUUGUUUCCUUUCUUUUGUUGGUCGGCUUGUUAGACAGUUCACUUUCCACUCAGCAAAAAUGGGACCAAGACAGUGGACAAGGUUUAGUAUAAUCAUACUCAUUAG